AUCAACAUCAGCUUCCUGAGGUCCGUUUCAACAUGCAGCUGGAUAAAAAUGCUGGUCCUCGUGUUAGGUGACCUGCACAUUCUCCACCGAUUCAACACCCUGCCUGCCAAAUUCAAAAAAUUGUUGGUGCCUGGCAAGAUUCAGCACAUCCUAUGCACAGGAAACCUCUGUACGAAGGAGAGCUACGACUACCUGAAAACACUCGCCGGAGACGUCCACAUCGUCAGAGGAGACUUUGACGAGAACUUGAAUUACCUGGAGCAGAAGGUUGUGACAGUGGGGCAGUUUAAAAUCGGUUUGAUCCACGGACACCAAGUGAUCCCAUGGGGAGACAUGGCGAGCUUGGCACUGCUUCAAAGGCAGCUGGAUGUGGAUAUCCUCGUUUCUGGCCACACACACAAAUUUGAACGAGGCUGAAUCCAGCUUCUUAUU